UCUCUUCCGUCUACGUCGACGAUCCUUCACCCGUCCCGCAAGAGGAUUGGUGUGUUGAGAAAGCAGCGGUAACCAAUCGGAAUUCCCCAAGUCACUGAGCGAGUAGAAAGAAAAGAUGGCGGCGAAAAAUGGGAAGAGUGGGUUGAUGGAAAAAUGGAAGAUUGAAGAAAAACCUGUGAAAAUCGAUAAGUGGGACGGAGCCGCAGUGAAGAAUUCUCUUGAUGAUGCUGCCAAAAAGGUCCUUUUGGAGAAGUAUGGCUACACAGAGAACUUUAGCCUGGUUGAUGGGCGGCUAGUCAUCUGCACAGUCUCCUGCUUCUUUGCAAUCAUUGCGUUGGUUUGGGAUUAUCUGCAUCCCUUCCCAGAGUCCAAACCAGUCCUGGCAUGCUGUGUCAUAUCUUAUUUCAUUAUGAUGGGGAUUCUUACUUUGUAUACCUCUUACAAAGAGAAAAGUAUCUUCUUGGUGGCUGUUGAGAAAGAUGCAGCUGGUAUGGACCCUGAUCACAUCUGGCAGUUGUCUUCAAGUCUAAAAAGAUUUGAUGACCGGUACACCCUCAGAAUGACCUUUAUUGAUGGAAAGACCAAACGGCAAAGGGAUGUUGAGUUCACCAAGUCUGUGGGGGCCUUCUUUGACGAAAGUGGAAUGUUGGUGAUGGACAUUUUUGAACAGAAUGUCUCUAAACUCCAUUACAGCCUGGCAGCUGAAAAGAAAGUUAAAUAAAAAAGAAAGUGUUAAUUUUGUGCACACAAACCUCAUAACCACCCUAUAUGAAGUGAGGGUCCUACUGGAAAGCCCUUGUCUGUCUCGGUUAUAUUAUGCUAAUCUGUUAGUUCAUUUCCAUUGCUGCUCUGCAGGAAAGGGGCUCGGCAGCAUUUUACUUUCUUUUAAAUGUACUUCAAAUGCAAGCAGAAACUGUCUUUCUUUUUUUUAUUAUUAUUCAUAACCAAAUUGGAGUAAAAUACACUCCCUCCCCAAAUUGGUUGCUGGACUGCUGGAGUAUAUGAUUUUAAACUGGACAAUUUUGUUCUGUUUGUUUCAUAGGAACCGUAUGCAAACCCAUAAACAUGUAAACUACCAUUGAAGAGCAUAAUAAAACUGAAUAUUCUGAACAAGUUGUUGAUAUUUGGUUCUUGUGGAAACCUGUUUUUCAUAAAAUAAAGGGAAAGGCUCAACAGUAGAUUUAUUUAUACUAGUAAUAUAUGUUGUUUUUAUGUACUGGAAGAAAAAACUAAUUGUGCUUAAGCCAACACCUAAGUGGGUGGCAAAGAAAAACAAACCUCACUUAAAAAAAAAAAAAAAAAAAGUACACAUUUAAACUGGUGGAUCAAGAACCUUAUAACGAGAGUGGAGCUAGAAAGAUCAUGCUAAAAACUUUGUCCUGAAAACCUUUUGAUUAUUUUCUCUUGAUUAUUCUUUUUUGAUGUUUAUUCCUCCCCAUUUAUUAUAUUAAAAAUGUCUUCAUGCAUUUGUGAAAUGGGGCUUUCAGGACUGUAUCCAGAUUUAUUGUCAGCAAUCUUUCCAUGUGCCAUUACCCACCCCUGCCCAAAGUUAAAGAUGAUUUAAAUACAGACAAGGAGAAGAAUGUGACAAUUUAGCCGGUAUUCGUACCUAGAAAUAAGAGAAAUAUAAAUGCAACAGGUCAAUGCCCAUCAACAUUGUUGUGUUUACCCAUCAAUAUGCCUCAUGCUAAUAAAAGCCCUAAAAUGGUCCAGGUUCAUUUCCAGUAGACUAACUUUGUUAGGCUUUAUUGCUGCAAUGUUAAAGUUCUACCUCGCCAGAGAAUCUAUUGUGUUUUCAGAAUAGAGGCUACACAUCUAUAAGGAAGGAAAUCACUUGAUUGAUGGUGUAAUUGGCAAGGCCAGUGGAUACAGUUUAUUUUUGCUUACUCUGCAAGCUUAAACGGAAUGUAAGUUACUGUACUGCUCAGUGGUGUACAAAUAGUGACAAUGGUAUUUUUUAUAUUAGUUUACUUGUUUUAGUCCACUGUUACAUUCUGCUUUAAGACACACUUAAUAAAAUGGAGUGCCAGAUCUGA